ACAAAACACUUCGUUUUCAUUCUUAAAAUCUUACAAUUUAGUAUUUAAUCUAAGUCUCUUCAUGGUCUUUUUAAUGCUAUUUUACAUAAACAAUUUACACGUACUGACACACACUCAUAAACACACACAAACAGUCGGUGCUCUUCUUGCAUCUACCAUUUUCUUGCAUCUACCAUCUUACUCUCUCCCACGUUCUAAUUAUUAUAAUCUUUGAGUUCUUGAUUUUGUCCAUGAUGGAAGGAAGAUUGAAUCUUCCCAUAACUCAAUCACUUGUUUUUUGAUUCAUAAACUAUUAUUGAUUCUACCACACAAAUCUCAAUCUCUAAAACCCCUUAUCGAGAAAUUGGGGUUUGCAUUUUCCGAUAGAGUAUUAUGGGUCAAGAUGGUUUCACUGCUCAAAAGAGAGGCGCUUCCACACUACCCACUUCCACCGCCCCCAACGGCGGCUCCCGGAGCAGCCGAUCUCUCCUCCGCGGCGGCGGCAACCGUCAGAUCCAUAAAACGCUUAACAACAUCAAGAUCACAAUUCUCUGUGGUUUAGUUACAAUUCUUGUUCUUCGUGGUACAAUUGGUUUUGGGUCGCUCUCUUCUGACAAUGAUGUAGAGAACCAAGCAAUUAUCGAAGAAACUAACCGGAUCCUGGCUGAGAUCCGAUCCGACAAGGAUCCGGAUGACCCAGAAGAGAAUCUAGAUCAAACUACAAUCAAUCUCAAUGACACUUACUCACUUGGUGCAAAGAUCUCGAAUUGGGACGAAGAACGAAGUCUGUGGCUCAGUCGGAAUCAAGAUUUCCCUAAUAUCGUUAAUGGUAAAGCUCGAAUCUUGCUUGUUACUGGGUCCCCACCAAGCCCUUGUGAUAACGCCAUUGGUGAUCAUUACCUGCUGAAAUCGAUUAAGAACAAGAUUGAUUACUGUAGGAUUCACGGGAUCGAAAUUGUGUAUAACAUGGCUCAUUUGGAUAAAGAGCUUGCUGGGUAUUGGGCGAAACUGCCAUUGAUUCGCAGGUUGAUGCUUUCUCAUCCUGAAGUCGAGUGGAUUUGGUGGAUGGACAGUGACGCAUUGUUCACAGAUAUGGUAUUUGAAAUUCCAUUAUCCAAAUACAAAGAUCAUAACAUGGUCAUCCAUGGCUACCCAGAUUUGUUAUUCAAUCAAAAAUCAUGGAUCGCACUCAACACCGGGAGCUUUCUGUUUAGAAAUUGUCAAUGGUCUUUGGAUUUACUCGAUGAAUGGGCACCAAUGGGGCCAAAAGGGCCUGUUCGUGAAGAAGCAGGGAAGAUCUUGACAGCCAAUUUGAAAGGGCGACCUGCAUUUGAAGCUGAUGAUCAAUCGGCUUUGAUAUACUUGUUGAUUACAAAAACAGAAUGGAUGAAGAAAGUUUUUGUUGAAAAUUCAUAUUUCCUUCAUGGGUAUUGGGCUGGAUUGGUUGAUCGAUAUGAAGAAAUGAUGGAGAAAUAUCACCCUGGAUUGGGUGAUGAAAGAUGGCCUUUCGUGACUCAUUUUGUGGGGUGUAAGCCUUGUGGAAGCUAUGGUGAUUAUCCAGUUCAAAGGUGUUUGAGUAGCAUGGAAAGAGCUUUUAAUUUUGCAGAUAAUCAAGUGCUUAAGUUAUAUGGAUUCAGACACAGGGGACUUUUGAGUCCUAAAAUCAAGAGGAUCAGAAACGAAAGUGUUACUCCAUUGGAGUAUGUAGAUCAGUUUGAUAUUCGGCAUUCGGCUCAAGGGAUAAGCAACUGAGUCAUGAUCAGGUGAUAAUGUUUUGGUGUUCUUUUUGUGGGUUUUGAAUUUUAAACAAGUUUAUAGUUUUAAUUUAUUACUAAUGUAUUUGAUUUGGUUCAAAACAAUGUAGAAUUCUUUUGUUAAAUUUUACUAUGAAAUCUUCUAUAGUUGGAGUAAUCCAAUCAUGAAAUUUUAAUCA